AUGUCCACGUGUCGGACAAAGGCAACGACCGUACUUUCCACGUGUCGGACAAAAGCAAUGGCCCCACUGUCCACGUGUCGGCCAGAGACAAGAGUCUACCAGCGCACAGAAAUUGUCGGCUUCUAUCUCUUUAAUGACGUGCUGUUGGUCACCCGUCGCACUUCACGACAUCGUCCAUUCAGUCUUGCCAUCGACUACACAUACUCUUUUGUGUGCAGCUUGCAGCUUCCAAGCAUAAGAGUAAAGAACAUCGCUAAUUCGAGAUAUGUGACCAAUGCUUUCAAAAUUGUUUCGCCUUCAAAGAAGUUUUAUUGCUGUACAGACUCAUAUAUGGAGAAGAUACAAUGGCUCAGCCUCCUACAACAGACCAUUCGCGCAAGGACCAGGGUGUGCCUUUCGUCUGGCUACUCCUCCACAGACCUGUUGAUAUUCGUUGGACCUGCUAAAGGCCGAAACCCCGCCUACAUAUCUCUGGGAGUCGUUGAAACACGCAGUCCGUAUAACCACGUCAAGUCGUCUCACCAUCAAGACGGAUCAGUAGCCUUGUUUUUAUUCUCUUUUCCAUUUCUCUUUUUUUUUUUUUUUUUCAUCAUUUUUUUUUCUUUAAAUAUUUCUAUUUCUAUUUUUUUUUUUCUCUUUUUUCCAUUUCUCUCUUUGAAAAUUUCCUCUCUUCCAUUUCUGAAAAUUGAAUGUCUUUUUCUAUUUUUUUUUUUAUUUCUUUUUUCAAUCAUAAAAUCUUUUUCCAUUUUCUUUUAUUUCUCUUUCAUUUUAUUCAUUUUUUUUUUUAAGUUUCUCCUUCCAUUUCUCUUUUUUUAUAUUUCUUUAUUUGAAAUUGGAAACAAUUUCUCUGAAAAUUGUUUCUCUCUAUUUCAGAUUUCUCUUUUUUUGAUAUUUCUCUUUAUUUCUUUUCAUUUCUUUUUUUCCAUUUUUUCUCUUUUCCUUUUUCUCUCUACUUUUCCAUUUCUCUAUUUUUUAUUUUUUACUUUCCUUUUCUCUCUCAUUAAAAUUUUCUUUCUUUUUUAUUUCUCUUUUCUUUUUUACCGACAUUCUCUUUUUUUCUCUCUUCCUUUCCAUUUUCUCUCUUUUGUUUCUCUUUUUUUAUUUUCUUACAUUUCAUAUUUUAUUUUUCAUUUUUUUAUUCUCUUGCUUUCCUUUUCUCUCUUUUCCAUUUCUUUUUCUUUUUUUAUUUCAUUUCUCUCAUGCAAAUUUUUCUUCUCUUUUUUCUUCCUUUUGGCAUUUUUCUCAUUUUUUUUCUUCUUUCCAUUUUUCUUUGAAGCCCUUUAUAUUCUCUCUCUCUUGGAAUUUUCUCUUUGA